AUGACUGAGACUGUCACAAGAGAAAAAGAGACCAGCCAGAUGGACUUGGGCGGGCCUCUGACGCAAUCCCUCAGCCAGCCAGCCCCAAAACACCGCCCAACUGCCCCGUUCGACUGCUUCGAUUGCCUUCGCAGUACGAGCCUGCUGUCUGGUCUCCUCACAAGUGCAUGCUUUCUGCGAGUCCCUGCUCAAUCUUGGAGUGAUGGGCGCCCCAAGAGCCAGAGCCAGAGUCCAACGCCCACGCCCAACCCCAACCACGACAAGCCUACACCCACGCCGCGCCCAAGCCCCACCGUCACCGUCACCGUCACCGGCGCCGUCGCCGUCGCCUUCACUCUCGACCUGCCCUAUUCCGAAUUCCUCCUUAACAACACCAGGCCAUGGCAGCUCCUCAACAGGAAGGAGGGCCUGAUGGAUCCUCCAUCCCCGGCUGCCAUGCGGAUGACUGACAGCCCACGACAGAAACCCGUCUCUUCCCUCCGAUCGCAUUUCGAGAACAUGGGCAAGGCUGGCGAGCAGCCCCAGCCGCAGCAACCACAGCCAGCUCAACCGUCCAGCCGAAAUCCCUCCCCAGGGCCUCGCCCCGACAAGCCCCGGGAAGCGAAUGCGAUCUCCAAGGAACCACCUCCCAUUCCCAAGCACAAGCCCGGUCUUGUGCCUCCUCUACCCAAGGAAAACGGCAUCCCACCUUCUCCUGCGCGCAGCGCAUUUCCUCCACCUCCGCUCACCCCACGCCCUGUACCGGCUCCUGCGCUCACCGUCGAUCCACCGCAGUCCCCUCCCAAGGGCCGAUCUCUGAACAUAGCUGUUAACGACCAGCCUAGCUUCUUAAACUCGGACGAUGUCGUCAAGCCGGCCACGUCGCCGGCCGUGCCGGGCAAACAUUUCAAAAUUCCAAGUCGCUCCCGUACACCGAACCUGGAUCCCCGCAAAUCACCUAAGGUGGUGGCCUUCAAGCCUCCUUCACCGCCGCCCCCUCGACGGUCUGCCGAGCUCCGGCGGCAGCGCGAAGCGGACCCUACGCCUCCGCCCAACAAUCGCUCUGGGAAUGCGCUCAUCAGGUCUAGAAAUUCUUGGACGGAAGACAGUGCGAUGGAGACGAGGAGGAACAUGCCGGAUAAAGUGUCACCCUUCAGCAGUCCCCCAACCAGCGGCUCCGCCAGCGUCGAGGAAGGGUCGCCUCCAUCAUUGCCGCGAAGACCACGGCCCCCUCAAGAGCCCGUUGCGAAAGCCAAAACUCUCCAAGUUGGAUUUGAGCCGCCGCCCCUCCAUCCCUCAAUCGCAAACAAGAGGAGGGACAGAGAGCUGGAGAUGGAAGGGUCCGCAAGGGGCCAGCUCACUCCAGAUGUCACAGGGGAGCCGCGGCCGACCUUGCCUACAAGACCGCUUAGUGUGACAAUGGAGAAGUCAGGGCCUCCGCCUGAGAAGAUCCCACCUCCAAGACCACCAAGGCCAGGAAUUCCAGCUUCGAAUCUAGCAGUUGUUCCGGCGGUGAACCAAAAACGAACCGUCUCUACACCUGUCACGCAGCAACCACCACCAGCGAUGCACGGCAGGGCAAACACAGUGUCUCACAGGGGGGCAGAAAGGCCACCCACCGAUCCCAGAAAGUCCGCGGUAGCCAGCGCUCCUUCAAGUGACCCGCGGAAUGCCGACUCGCAAGCCGUUGUGCUUGCCAAGGCUGGAGAGUCACCUGCGAAUGUCAACGGAGCAUAUCCAGAUGCUUCAAAUACCAAUAGGAGACCUCCUUUCAUAAAACACGGGCAGCAGGAAAUCGUAACGAAAUCAGAUGCGCGGAAUUUCGAUGCAUGUGGCGACCUCGUAUGCACCUCAGGGCAUCUUACUAGGGUGUGGAGCUUGAGGGACGGAGAACUCGUCAUGAGCUUUGCACACGGUGAGGGAUUGAAGGCUACUGCUGUGAGCUUCAAGCCAGGCUUGAACGUCGACGAGGAGUGCAAGCGACUGUGGAUCGGAAAUAAUAACGGGGACCUCAUGGAAGCGGACAUAGCGACACAAAGUGUUGUUAACACAAAGACCGGUGCUCACCAGAGGAACGAAAUUACCAAAAUCUAUCGGCACUUCAACGAGCUAUGGACCUUGGACGAGGCUGGUACUCUGCACAUCUGGGGUCCUGGGCCUGACGGAGUACCAGACAUGUCAGGCCACCCGCAUCAGUCGUUCCGAGUGCCCAAAGGACACACAUUCUCCCUGGUCGUGGGUGACGAGCUCUGGCAUGCGACUGGUAGGGAAAUACGCGUAUUCCUCCCAACACUCGAUGGCAAAGCCCAAUUUCAGGUGCUUCUCCGCUCCUUAUUCCAAGACGCCGUCGGCGAUGUCACUGCAGGAGCCCUGCUUCCCUCGGAUCCCAACAAAGUGUUCUUCGGUCACAGCGACGGGAAGGUCACCGUAUACUCAAAAAAAGACUAUUCAUGUUUGGAAGUCCUCAAUAUCAGCACCUUUAAAAUCAACUCGCUGUCAGGGAUUUGCGGCAACAUUUGGGCAGGUUACAGCAACGGCAAGAUGUCUGUUUAUGACGUGCGCCAAAGCCCAUGGGUUGUGAAGAAAGAGUGGCAAGCUCACAAUGAGCCCGUACUCAGGAUCAUCGCCGACCGGUCAAGCUCGUACAGGCUAGAACGCCAACAAGUCCUUUCCUUGGGUGCAGACAACAUGAUCAGAGUUUGGGAUGGCAUGCUGCAAGACGACUGGCUUGAAUCGGAAAUGAAGGCUAAGGACGUGCAGUACUGCGAAUUUCAAACGCUGAAGGCCAUGAUAAUGACAUGGAAUGCCGGGGCCUCUACACCCAACAGUCUGAGAUACUCUGAGUCGGAUUCUGUUUUUAUACAGAAUCUGCUACAGGGCAGCGGUUCCCCGGACAUUUUAAUAUUCGGCUUCCAGGAGCUGGUUGACCUGGAAGACAAGACCGCCACUGCUAAGCGAUUCUUCAAAUCCAAGAAGAAAGAAUCGGACCAGGAGCGCAUGAGCCAUCAAUACCGAGAUUGGAGAGAUUUCCUGAUCAGAAGUCUGGAUGACUACAUGGCUGGCGACCUGUACCAUCUUUUGCAGACCUCGCACAUGGUUGGUCUCUUCUACUGCAUCUUUGUCAAGGCCGAUGUCAGAGAUCGGAUAUCGAACCUCAGCACGGCCGAGGUCAAACGAGGCAUGGGAGGUUUGCACGGGAACAAAGGAGCCAUUGUAAUCCGCUUCAUGGUGGACGACACAUCUCUCUGCUUCCUCAACUGCCACUUGGCAGCAGGCCAGUCCCAGGCCCAGAGUCGCAACAACGACAUCGCCGCGAUACUUGAGGCGCCUAUUCUCCCUUCAGAGCGCGAUCCAAGUGUCCGCAUUGACAGCUAUGCCGGAGGUGGUGAUGGCACCUUGAUCAUGGACCACGAGCUCGUCAUCCUCAACGGCGAUCUGAAUUACCGAAUCGACACCAUGAGUCGCGACACGGUAGUCAUGGCUGUGAAACAGGGAAAUCUCCCAAAACUACUCGAGCGAGACCAACUUCUCGUGGCCCGCCGAAGAAAGCCGGACUUCAAGCUUCGUGCUUUCGAAGAGAUGCCCAUCACAUUCGCACCGACGUACAAGUACGACGUAGGCACGGACAAUUACGAUUCGAGUGAGAAGAAGCGUAGCCCUGCAUGGUGCGACCGUCUACUGUUCCGCGGCAGGGGCAGGAUACAGCAAGUCGACUACAGGCGACAUGAAGUCCGGGUGUCGGACCACAGGCCUGUCACGGGCAAAUUCAAACUGACAGUCAAGAAGAUAUCACCAAAGAAGAGAACGAUGGCCUGGAUACAGUGUCAGCAGAAAUUUGAGGACGUGAACGCGCAGGAGAUCAUGGUCGAAAAGAUGUACUACUUGACCGAGAUCAUUGGAUAUGACAAGGCAACGAGUCAAAGUCUAAUCAAUGAUCGGUAA